GUCCUCUGCUUCUGUGAAAACAUACCGUGAGCACUUCUCUCUCUGUGUCCCCCUUCGACUGCAUAUUAAACACCAUCGAAGAUCCCUUAAUGUCUCAUAUCUUUCGACAAUCAACCAGGAUUUCCCCAUAAAAAAGUCUGUGUUUUUUCGUCAUUCACGCAGUUCACAGUUCACAGCCCCAUACAUGCUGCGUUGCUCUGCUGCACCGCCUACCACAGUACAGUACCCUUACUUUACGCCUGCUAAUAAGUAACAAUAAAUAUCAAACCUGCCCUUCCACAUUGUUUCUCUUUCCAUCUUAUUAUACCAACAAAUUCCAAAGUGACAUCGAUCCUUCGUCCGUUUUCUUCAUUUGAUUUCUUCCAUCUAUCUACCUACACAUCGUAGAAGAAACAACACAUUCGCUCUUUCUCUUGGUAUUUGAUUCUACGGCAUCCAAACAAUCAACCAACACCAACACCAACACGAACACCAACAAUCGUUACAGCAUCUCGCAAUCAUGGGUUUCGGUCGAUUUCUUUGCGUCGGUGUGCCGUUUGGCUUAACUCUCGCCAGUUUAGUCUGUCUUCUCAUCGCAUCGCUCGCUGGCGUUACAGACAAAUCUCUCGACAUCUUCGCAGUAAACACUACCAACCUCUCUAUCUCCUCCUCCGCCCUCCUCAGUCUCGAGAACUCUUUCCGCAAACGUGGUCUUGCAGAUCUUACCGUCGCCGCCUUGACCCCUUCCACCACUACCUCUGAGAAGUCUACUAUCGAAUCUGCCAUUGCUUCAAUCACUGGAACCGAUUCGGCGACCAACAUUACAGCCAAAGACUUGGAUUUGGCGGAUAGUUACAAGGUUAGUCUUUGGGGUUACUGCGCUGUCACAGGCAAGAACACCACAUGCACCAAGGCGAAAUUCAACUGGGCGGCCACUUCUCUCAACACUACCUCCAUCGAUACUCUUGCUUCUGCGACAGGUGUCAAUGCCACUCUCCCAAGCGAAGUCAAGCAUGCUUUGAAGACCUUUACCGUGGUAUCAAAAUGGACACAAGUAGUAUACAUCAUCGCCUUGAUCGCCACAGCAUUGGAACUCUUCCUUGGUAUCUUCGCCAUGUGUUCUAGAGCCGCUUCAUGCGUUACAUACAUCAUCUCUGGUUUCAGUACCGCCGCUGUCAUUGCCGCAUCUAUCAUGGCUACCGUCCUCUCUUCCGUUACAGUCGGUUCCAUCAAAACAGCCGCCAAAGCGUACGGAGUCGAGGCCUCUAUCGAUACCCAUUUCCUCGCUGUUACAUGGCUCGCUGUUGCCUUUAGCAUCGGAAGCAGUUUCUUCUGGGUCUUCACUAUCUGCUGUUGCGCAUCUGAUCACAAGAGCAGCAAGAAGAACAGACGCAGUGUCAAUGAUCAAGAGAAGUUGAUUCCACAAAGCAUGGCCUAUCAAAAGAUUGAUGGACCAGAAACUGCAUAUGGUGGUCAACAACAGGGUGUCUAUCAUCAACAACAAUACCCUCAACCUACGCGCACUGGUGCUUAUGAGCCUUAUUCUCAUGGCGCUAUUUAAGUGGUGGGAGUCUACGGAUAAAAAUGAUCAUUGGACGGAAAGGAGGAUGUAAGGAAGAGAUGAAUGAGACAAGAUAUUUGUUGCAUUUAGCGUCGGGCGUUCAGGUUACUUUUAUGACGUCUUGUGUAAUUCGGUUGGGUAUGGAUCGAAGGGUGGAUAUCCUGGGGAAAUAGGAAAGGCAGAAAGGAAAGAUUCGAGAAACAUAGUUAUUUGCAUUAUUCUUGCAACAUUGAUAGAUGAAUGAACGAUACCCUUCUUAUACCUCA